AGUGUGGUGCUGAGCGGCGAGGGGAGGAAAGUGGUCGCAGGAAUGUCAUGGAGAGCACACCGAGAUACUAGCUGGACCAUCGUAUCAUGAAAACGCUGCUUACGUAACGGAGGUGUGUCCAGAUCGUAAUUACUUUCAUUGAAAAGAUUUUUUUCAUUGAAACCUACCCAACCCCAGCCAAACGUCUGCUCGGUUCAGUUGAAGAACGCGCGUCAACGUAUCGUCUGCUACUCUGCUGUCGUCUGCUUUCUGUACUGUCGUCUGUUAGCCAUUACUGGAAAUACCCGAGAUUUGACUGAAUCAGCGGGAAAAUGAAUCUAUACAACUGUUUAUUUUCCUGCGUGUGUUUUCUGGUGGCAAUAUGUGUUACCUUGGGGCGACGACGGGGACCACGAUUCAGGAGUGGCGACGUCCGGCUUGUCGGAGGCCAAGAAAAUCAUGAAGGGACAGUGCUCAUUUACCACAGACAUACUUGGGGCGCCAUCUGUGACAAGGAAUGGGACUUCAAGGACGCUGAUGUAGUCUGCAAACAACUUGGGUUUUUGGAGGCAUACAAGGCUGCAUAUGGCAGUCAGUUCGGAAGAGGCGCAAGCAGAAAAUGGAUGACAAAUGUGAGAUGCAGCGGAUACGAGGACAAACUGAAAUACUGUAUGUUUCCGGGCUGGGGGCGCAUGCGCCGCGGUUGCUAUGGAAGCAGUCGUUCAGCUGGUGUCGUGUGUAGGCCACACCCAACGACCCCAGCGUCUACGACAACCACUACUGGGGCCACCACCACAACAACAAAAGAGAUUAUCGCGCCGAAAAAACAGAAAGAUCUUAAAAAACACCAACAGUAUUUAAUCGACAGAGAUUAUCGCCUACAGCAACAGUCCCAGUUCCAGGGCGAUGACCCAGCAGCGUCGAGCAACUCCUCAGAGCCCAGUCUGCUCCUGCGCAUGGUCGGUGGCAGAUACGAUUGGGAAGGUCGCAUUGAGGUCAAAGAAGAGCACAGCGAGUGGGGCGCCGUCUGUGGGGAGAAAUGGUCAAUCAAGGAGGCCAUGGUCGCGUGCAGGGAAAUCGGGCAGCCGUACGCCAAGCAAGCACUACAGGUGAACUAUUUCGGCGGGGAACAUUUACACAAGCACUACUAUCAGAUCAAGUGUAAAGGACGGGAAAGUCGCCUGGAUCAGUGUGAAAAGAUUCGGACAAACGUCGGGGUCACCUGCUCCAAAUCCAUUCUUGUCGCUGGCAUCGUGUGUACUCACCGUCUUCCUGACCUUAUCCCUGACCUUGAGAUCCUGGAGGAGUCUGUGAGACUGGCAGACCGACCCCUGUACUACCUACAGUGUGCCAUGGAAGAGAACUGUCUGGCGUCCUCAGCCGUUGUGAUCAGGAACACAAGCAAAAACUGGCACGCUCACAACAGACGUCUGCUGCGCUUCUCCACAGUCGUCCACAACGAGGGUCUAGAGGACUUCCGCCCAUACAGAGCCAAGUCAGCAUGGGAGUGGCAUGAAUGUCACAUGCACUAUCACAGUAUGGAAAUAUUUGCGCACUACGACAUCAUCGACGAUAACGGCAACAGGUUGGCUGAGGGAAGCAAGGCCAGCUUCUGUCUGGAGGACUCGGCCUGUCAGGAUGGAGUGGUCCCUAAGUUUGAUUGUGUGGGCUUCAGAGACCAAGGAUUGUCCGUCAACUGCUCCGACAACUACAUGUAUGACAUCGACUGCCAGUGGAUCGACAUCACCGACAUCAAACCCGGACAGUACACGUUUAAGAUGGCAGUAAACCCAACCCUUCUCGUGGCUGAAUCCGACUUCGACAACAACGUUGCCUCCUGCGAACUGUGGUACUCCGGCUACAACGCCCGAAUACACAACUGCGAGUUUGCAAGUUUACUCUCAGACUGAUAACGUCACUUCCGCUCAUGCGCACUGUGAUUCUUCCGGCGACAGCGUUUGUAGACGAAUAACUUUAGGUAUAUCCGGUUCAGGUAGAUGUUGUUUAAUGAUUAAAUCCAUUGUAUUUGUUUCACAUGUAUCAUUUCGUGUUGAUGUAUAAAUGCAAUUGUAAUUGAUAGAACGAUUUUGUUAACCUACUCAUUGAAGAAUUUAGUUAUUGACGUGUACAGAGUGUGUAUGUUAAUCAUCCACUGAAUAAACUUUACUGCAAACUGGCAUUAAAUGCUGAUUUGUGUAUGUAUGCGUUGUAAAAGUAUACUCAGCUGAAUAAACAACGAAACGCUU